UGGGCCGCAGAAGCCGACCUGGCGGGGCGCAGAGCGGAGUGGACGCUUGGCUGGUGCGUGGAGGCUGUGCGUUAAUAAAAGUAUCCAUGGAGAACUCUGAAAACUCAGUGGAUUCAAAAUCCUUUAAAAAUUCGGAAACAAGGAUCUUACGUGGAAGCAAAUCAACAGACUCUGGAAUAUCCUUGGAUAAUAGUUACAAAAUGGAUUAUCCUGAAAUGGGUUUAUGUAUAAUAAUUAAUAAUAAGAACUUUCAUAAAAGUACUGGAAUGUCACCUCGGUCUGGUACGGAUGUAGAUGCAGCAAACCUCAGGGAAACAUUCACAAACUUGAAAUACGAAGUCAGGAAUAAAAAUGAUCUUACACGUGAAGAAAUUGUGGCAUUGAUGCGCAGUGUUUCUAAAGAAGAUCAUAGCAGAAGGAGCAGUUUUAUUUGUGUGUUUCUAAGCCAUGGUGAAGAAGGAAUAAUUUUUGGAACAGAUGGACCUGUUGACCUGAAAAAAUUAACAUGUUUCUUCAGAGGGGAUUAUUGCAGAAGUCUAACUGGAAAACCCAAACUUUUCAUUAUUCAGGCCUGCCGAGGUACAGACCUGGACUGUGGCAUUGAGACUGACAGUGGUGUUGAGGAUGACAUGGCGUGUCAGAAAAUACCAGUUGAGGCGGACUUCUUGUACGCUUAUUCUACAGCACCUGGUUACUAUUCCUGGCGAAAUUCGAAGGAGGGAUCCUGGUUCAUCCAGUCACUUUGUGCUAUGCUGAAACUGUACGCUCACAAGCUCGAGCUUAUGCACAUUCUUACUCGGGUUAACCGAAAGGUAGCCAUGGAAUUUGAGUCCUUUUCCCUUGACGCAGCUUUUCAUGCAAAGAAGCAGAUUCCAUGUAUUGUGUCUAUGCUGACAAAAGAACUGUAUUUUUAUCACUAAAGAAAUGGGUGAUUUUUUUUUUUAAGUUUGUAUGUCAAUGGAGGAAAUGGUAUAAUCGAUACUAUAUUUUCUUUUCUCAUUUAACUCUAAUCUGAUCCUCCAGGUGGUACUUUGAAACAUGCCACUUUCACAAUAGAACUACUGGGAAGCUACCUCAAACUCAGAAUCAGGUAGUUGAAAUUGAAUUUAAUUAGGAAUAAAUAAAAAUGGAUAGUGGUACAAUCAUGAGAGAAAAUGAUUGUAAAUUAACAGCUCUCAUCAUUUGCAAUUUUUAGUGAUGCUGUGCUAUGAAUUUUCAAGUAAUUAUGGAAAAAGGUAAACAUUGCAGUAAUGAAUUUCAGUGGUAUUGAUAUGCUCUCAUUUAAGUAUGCAUCCUAGUUUUUGUCAAACUAUAGAAAUGAUGAUGUGGAAUAAUGUAUCCUAGAACUUGGGAUCCAUCCAUGGGCAUGGUCAAAGGCUCAAAGACCUUGAUUUUAGCAUUGGUAUUUGGAGAUAAGUCAACUGUAUUUUUAGAUCAUAUAUC